AAAAAAGUUAAGAAACACACCUAUAUGAAAAGCCACUACUGGAAAUGGAUAAACUUGAGAAGUGGUAAACAUGUUAAAACCCGGGGAUGCUUUUUUUGUUUUUUUUUGUUUGAGACUUUUGCAGCCUGAUUGGCUCUAUUUUAUUCAUAUAGUAAGAACACAACUCCAUAAUUCGGCCUAUUUUGUUCCUAUUAAUGAAUUUUGUUUCUUAUAUGUUUACACAAAAAAUGGGUGUUUUUGUUUCUAACUGUUAUAUUAUGUUUAUUAUUAAUCCAGUCAAGACAAGUAUUUUUACACUGUAUUUGUGAGUGAGAAAAGAAGUGAUCGUAAAAAAAACAAUUAUCAUUAGCUAGAGAAAGAAUUACAAGAGAAUUUACGUCUUGGGUUUUUGUUAUUUCAUGGCAGGAUUCAGACUAGUGUUGUUCUUAGUUUAAGCAAUGAUUGGAACCUGUAGUGAUUUUCUAAGGCUCUGUUCUUAUAAAAUUGUUCUUAUAAAAAAGCGUGUAUAUGUUCUUUUAUAUAGGAAAAAAGAAAACUCUCCAUAUAUUUUCCUACAAUAUUACUGAAAAAUAAGAACAAAAUAAGAACAAUGGCAAGGCUAAAAUUUUAUGGAUUUUGCGAAACGUAUUUUUCAGGAAAAAUGAGAAAAUCAAUAGAAUUUCAGGCUUAUUGUUCUUACUGUUUCACUUUUAGACAUUCCCAAUCUAAUUGUUCUCAUACAAAUUUUUCUUUUAUAAAAAAUAAUGCACACAAACCCAGUCUCAAAUAAUGGUUACUCAAAAAUUAACACCAUCUUUAGACAGCCCUUCCUCUGUGAAUAGCCACUUUGUUUUAACUUAGUUUUAAUUGCACGUCUGUUGUGUAUAGACACUUAAAUAACAUAGCACCUCGUUGCCAUAAGGCCCACCCACCCGUAACGUGUUUAACCAAUCUUAGGGAUCUGAAUUUGAAGUUGUUUAUUUGUAGUUAUUUAGGACUUUGUUAUCAAGUUCUUAACAUAUGUUAAUUUUAUUAGGAUAUAAACAUAAAUUCGACACAGGUAGCUUAUAAUUAUAUGAUACAUACACCGUAUUGUGAAUAAUCGCUUUGGUAAUUGAAACAAGGCCUUAACAAAUGGUUGAUUUAAUUUAUCACGUUCCCUGCUAUCUGUCAUAUGAUAUUUUGAGAAUGAGAUCUGCUCCGACGUCGCCGUUAUCCAGUAGAUCCAACCGAUCGGAAUGGUUCCGUCAGUCCGUUUUAUUCUGGAAUAGACAGGCCGGACGAAACGACACUGUCGAUAACAACGACUGUAAGUUGAAGCCUUCUUUACCACCAUCUCUGUCGCCGUCACAAGUUUCGUUUUCCAGUGAUACAUCGUCAUCUCACGAACGCUCGACGCUUAAAGACAGCGAAUCGAGUAUAAUUUUUGACGCGGAAGAACUGUUACGGCAAGUGGAAGAACUGGAAAACUGUUUUAAAAAAUCUAACAAACAAUACGACCAAACGAAUGACGAAACUGAUUCUCCUCACAUGACGUUAGAAUUUCCCAAUGGUAGUCAUAUUAAAAACAACCCUCUCUAUAUAACAGCCACGAUGGAAAAUAAUCGUUGCCAAACUUUUAACAAUACAAGUAAAUCCUCAUACAAUACGCCAUGUGGUGAGGUUGAUAACAAAGUUAUAAGUAAAAACAUUGUUUGCAAAGCUGAAAACAUUUCUUCUCAGGAUCGCACGAUGAAUAAUUUAAGUUCACGACGUGAGAGAAACCUUAUAGACAGCAUACAAAGUGUUCAAAAUACGUUGUUAGAAUUGUCGGAAGAAAUUCACACGUCAAAACAUAAACACGCUGAAAAACACGAUCGCGAUGCAAACGACGUUAUGAGAAACUUGCUGUCGGAAAUCAAACCACCCGACGAUAUAGAAAACACGUCAUUUCAUGAUGGGAUGUCGUCAUCUUUUAAUCUUGAUUUUAAUGAUUUAGAAGACUCGAGUGAAUUCCAGCUGAGAAGCGAAGUGUUGUUGAAGCAAAUUGAUGAUCUGAUUAAAAUUGAGCAUGAAAGCAGAGAGGCGCCCGUGGCGCAAUUUCCAAUUCAAAGUAAAACAAAGACUGCAGUAAAACACCAACGAGAGAGGGUCGAUUCUGGUCUGCAUAGUACAAGCUCGGCUUCCACUUCCCCUUACCCUUCGCCUGUUACGAAGAGGUCUGUGGAUCAUUCUUACUCUACCCGUAGCUCGGAUUCAGGUUAUAAUGAGAAAAGAAGAACUGCUUACUCAGCAAAAUUUGAAACACUUAAAGAAUUUAGCGAUAAUGUAUUCCAUGAUGAUAGCGAUUUUAGUAGUGACUGGAGUCCUAUCUCAACACUUGACUCCGUUUCGUCCUCCACUCACCGCGAUCGUUCUAACAGUUUACCACGAACGAAUAUCUGCAAGGGAAAAUCUCCACGCGAGCGCAUGAGUGCUGGUCAAACAAAAGACAAUGCUAUAAGUAACUCGCAUUUGUAUAAUGAAAGUGAACUUCACGCAAUUAGAAAAUAUCUUUCUCUUACUGGUCACCUUGGCAAAGAGAAUACCAAAGUGGAUAUUGCUGCUAGUUUGGAGGAGCUGUCCUUACUACCAAGCAUCAAAGAAUCGAUAGAAAAACAACGUAGAGAAUUAAAUGAACAGCGUUUAAAACAAGAUGAAUUCCUCCAUCAAAUGGGAGAUAUGUUACUUGAAAUCGUUACCUUAAAGGAAGAUCAUAGCUCAGUUCGGACAAAACAAGCAAAAGCGCUUGCCUUAUUAAAAAGACAACUCGAUCUAGUUAAAAAAUCUCACCUAAAAGACCAUGAUGACGUAAUUAAUAGAGUCAACAAUUUACACGAAAAGUUGAACAAUUCUUUUAAUUUUUCAAACGAAUAUUUAACGGACACUUCGUCGCCUCGAUUAGGUUCACCGCAAACAACUUCGGUAAUAUUUCCACAACCAACUGCACACAAUUACGGGCAAGUGAUUUGGAAAAUAUCUGAUGUUAUGAAAAGAUUGACACGAAUUAAAGCAGGACUGGCUGAUAGUGCGUUAGUUAGUCAACCUUUUCAGACUAGCGAAUACGGUUACAAAAUGAAUAGCUGGUUAUACUUAAAUGGGCGAGGUAAAAUGGUAGGAAAAUAUAUUUCACUCUACGUAUGCGUUCUUGUCGGCGAUUAUGAUGCCAUUUUGCCGUGGCCGAUACGACCGACUUACAAGUUUACAUUAAUCGACCAGCAAAGCGAGGUUAUUAAAAAACACGACCAUGUAAAAAUUCGACGCGUCACUGAUAUCGCCGGAAGAGGAGCGAAUGUUAUAGCACAAACUGGGGGAAUUCCUCGACCCAAUGCUGGUACAAAGGCAUUAAUAGUAGGUUUUGACGAUUUUGUCGCGCAUGAGCAGUUGUUGGAACACAGAUAUAUGGCUGAUGAUGUACUCUUCUUAAAAAUCGAAGCCAGUGUUGUUUAGUAAGGAAAAUAUAAUGUAGAUAAAUAUUAUUUUUACACAGUUGCAUGUGAUGAAUUAUACAUCUUGUUAUAAAGGUUUGUUCUAUGAAUUACAAUAUAUAAAUUGUUUCAGAA